AUGUCAUUGCCCAACCACAGGCGCGCACGCCUAUAUAACAAGACAGGUUUCAGUGUCAAGACGUUCAACUGGGACGGUUUACCGCCCGAAAUCCACCUAGAUAUUUUCAAUUUCCUGCUCUCUAUGAAUCAAUACAGCCAUGGUAAGCAUCAUAAAUCCACCUACGCCGCCGUCUGCCUCAGAUGGAACCAAUUUUUUGAGCCGCAGAAUUUCGCUCAACUGAAAAUCAGCCAGUGGGAUCUAGAACUUUUCGAAAAGAUCGUUACUGCAAAGAGAAAAAAAUUACUUAGUACAUUGUGGUUUUGCGUGGAACUUCGCCCAUACGAUUGCCGCUCUUGUCGCUUCAAGGAGACCAACGACGAAGCCACGAUGAAUAGUGCAUUCUUUACAGAUGCUAUGUUCCGCUUCUACGACGUUAUGCCCAAGUGGGGACUUACAGACGGAAAUCAGACUCAUGAAAUAGACCUGACCAUAAUGCUAAGUGCUUGGUCACCAAGCGACCAGGAACAUUACUUUCGAGAUCACCGCUUCGAGAACGAUAGUUUUAGCGUCUACCGUCGGUCUCGUGUAAAUCACAACGAUGUAACCCAUGGGUGGAAGACAGGAUAUCGUAUUCCUCCGAAAAUGGAUGAGGGCUCGUUUCCAAAGCUAGACUUCGUGACAGGUCUCGUCAUUCCCCGGCAGUUCUACCGGCCGAUUCCCAGAUUAGAUCUGAUUUUGCCUAGCUUCCCGAAGCUGAGGUUUUUCCAAUACGAGCCUUGGCGUGCUAUCUCUAUGGAGCUUGAAAAAGUUGCGCGACCUCUGCUAAGUAUAAGUCGUAACUUUGUCGAGCUCGACGUGUCGUUCAUCAUCGAUGCUGAGCAGUUCUUACGCCCUUUCUACCCGAAAUUCAAAGGAAACCCCAUCGAUUUCACAUGGAAAAACUUGCGGGGCUUAACGUUAACUUCGUGGACCCUCAUCAAUCCAUUGAAAGAGCAAGGGCGGCUGGAUGACCUGCUUUGGUGCGCUGCUCGAGCCGUCUUAAGGAUGCCAAGGCUCGAGAAGAUGGAGAUAUGGGCCGGCUCUCAUAAAUUCGUCGGCAUCUUUCGCUAUACUCGGUCGUGUACUGAGGUGUUGAUUGAGAUGGAAGAAACGGAUAAUACCUAUAUACUACCGGAGCGUGUCAUAAGAGCUUGGCAAGUAGUGGCGAAUAAGUAUACCCAAGGACGCCUUCGUACUUCGUACAACAGACCGCCAAAUAUGGUCCAGCGCUAUCAAAACACAUAG